CUUAUUUUUAGAUUGACAAUCUUCUCAAAGCUUCAAUCAUCCAUAUGUCAUCAUCAUGGCAUCAGCAAGAGCGCAAGCUAUAUCAGGAGAUGCUAUAAGGCUUAGACAAGGUACAUCAUCGCCAACAGUGACUCCAACUCAGCGACAGUAUACCCUCGAAGAUGAUGAACUUCAAUUCGCAUGGCUUAAAAGGGUACUCUGGCGCUCUCUUUGGACGCCGUACAAUUAUUGGACUCUUGCUGCAAUAUGCCUAUUGACUGAAGUAGUUUUCGUCACAAUCAUUACUGUUGCCAUUCGAUUCACAGAGAUUGACUUUCAGACAUAUAUGCAACAAGUUGACGUGUAUCAAAAGGGUGAACGUACAUAUGAUAAAAUCAGUGGAGAUACAGGACCAUGCGUGUAUCCGGCUAUGCAUCUGUACAUCUAUUCGUUCUUAUCAUUCGUAUCAGAAGGUGGAAAGAAGCUUGUACCUGCACAGAUCGUCUUUGGAGGGCUGUAUAUCGUCACCCAAUUCUUGACAAUGGCAAUCUACAAAUCUGCACGAAUCCCGCCAAUCAUCAUGUUUCCACUACUGCUGUCCAAACGACUGCAUUCGAUUUACGUCUUACGCUUGUUCAAUGAUUGUUGGGCAGUUGCAAUCAUGUAUGGAUCCAUCUGGGCAAUGACAAAAGCACACUGGGGAGCAGCAAGUAUACUGUACAGCUUAGCGCUAGGCACAAAGAUGAACAUUUUGCUUUAUGCUCCUGCCAUGGCGGCAAUCUAUCUUCGUGCUUUGGGUUUGCAGAGAUCUGCGGUGGAAGCAGCAAAAGUGAUUCUGAUCCAAAUCCUGAUCGGUAGUCCAUUCCUGCUGCAUGAUCCGCAAGCAUACCUCUCUUCGGCUUUCGAUCUUUCUCGUGCAUUUUUGUACAAGUGGACUGUAAAUUGGCGUUUCUUUGAUGAGCAGACCUUCUUGAGUCAAGGUUUUGCUCGAGUGUUGCUUUUACUCCAUGGCUUGUCGAUCGCACUCUGGCUAUUCACAAGGUGGACCGGGAUAUGGAAGACUGGUUUGAGGUGGAUACGCAUCUUUAGUGCACCGCCUUCCACCACAACCAUGACCCAAACCGAAGCACGUAUUCGACAGCCAAGUGGACCAUUCAUUGUAACUGCUUUGUUCACAUGCAACUUGAUCGGGAUCACAUUCGCAAGAAGUUUGCACUAUCAAUUCUAUUCAUGGUACGCUCAACAGAUACCUUUGUUGGUUUAUUUGACCAAUUUGCCAAAUCUAAUCAAAAUUGCCCUUCCACUGGCGAUCGAAUUGGCAUGGAAUACAUACCCGUCAACUAAACAAUCAUCGAUGCUUUUGUUCGUCAGUCAUAUUCUCAUCUUAUUCGGCCUUUGGAGAUCGAAACAAGAUGACGAAACAUUGGACGAAGUGAGGCCAGACGAAGAAGCUAUCACCAAAGCCUUGCUUCAGAGUUACGAAUCACCUUCUCUUCGAAAAGAAGAAUAAAGCUUAUCUCAUCACACAUUUUGUACUUUUAAACAAUGCUAAUUGAUUAUGAUACAUACUAUAU